CCGGUCCAGGCCUCGGGGAGGUGCUGCCGCGGGGACUCCUCCUCCUGCUGCUCCUCACCGGCCGCCUCCCUCUUCAGGCCAGGCGGCGAGAGAGUCCCCGCGAAAGCAGCGGCGGCGGCGUGGCUGAGCCUCGGAGGAGGAGCAGGGUCUCUUCUCUCGGCCGGGAAACUGAUUAAAAAAUGGCUUUUCGGAGGGUCGUGAAAGGGACUAUCCUCAUUGGAGGCGGUGCUGUAGCGACUGUGUUUGGCCUCUCCCAGUUUUCUCAGUAUAGAAACAAGCAUGGUGCUCUAGCAUCUGUCGAAGCUUCGGAAUGCCGGCCCUUGCAUAUGCACAGCACCCUUCCCUCCAGAGAAAGUCAGCUUGAGGCCCUGCGAGAAACCUGUGAAUUUGACAUUCUUAUCAUAGGCGGAGGCGCUACAGGAAGCGGUUGUGCUUUAGACGCUGUUACGAGAGGCCUAACAACAGCCCUUGUAGAAAGAGAUGAUUUCUCAUCGGGGACCAGCAGCAGAAGCACUAAAUUGAUCCAUGGCGGAGUGAGAUAUCUUCAGACGGCCAUCAUGAAGUUGGAUUUUGACCAGUACAGAAUGGUGAAAGAAGCCCUGCAUGAACGUGCCAACCUGCUUGAGAUCGCACCUCAUUUAUCUUCUCCUCUGCCUAUAAUGCUUCCUGUUUACAAGUGGUGGCAGCUGCCGUACUACUGGGUGGGAAUUAAACUCUAUGACCUUGUAGCAGGAAGCCAGUGUCUGAAAAGCAGCUACGUACUUAGCAAAUCAAAAGCCCUGGAACUCUUUCCUAUGUUGCGGAAGGACAAACUCGUAGGUGCCAUUGUCUACUAUGAUGGACAACACAACGAUGCACGAAUGAACCUUGCCAUUGCCCUCACCGCUGCCAGGUAUGGGGCUGCCACAGCCAAUUACACUGAAGUGGUGCGCUUGCUGAAGAAGACGGAUCCAAAGAGCGGGGCGAGCCGCGUCUGCGGCGCAAGGUGCAGGGAUGUUCUAACAGGGCAGGAAUUUGAUGUCAGAGCCAAAUGUGUUAUCAAUGCUACAGGACCUUUCACAGACUCCGUGCGGAAAAUGGAUGAGCAGAAAGUACCAAACAUCUGUCAGCCAAGCGCAGGCGUUCAUAUUGUGAUGCCUGGCUAUUACAGCCCCGAUAAUAUGGGACUCCUUGACCCAUCCACUAGUGAUGGCAGAGUGAUUUUCUUCUUGCCAUGGCAAAAGAUGACUAUUGCUGGUACCACGGAUACUGCAACCGAAGUCACAAGUCACCCAAUUCCCACAGAAGAAGAUAUCAAUUUCAUUUUGACGGAAGUGCGCAACUAUCUUAGUUGCGAUGUUGAAGUGAGGAGAGGCGAUGUCUUGGCAGCAUGGAGUGGGAUUCGUCCCCUAGUAACAGACCCCAAUUCUAAAGACACCCAGUCCAUAUCUCGGAAUCAUGUGGUGCAUGUUAGUGACAGCGGCCUUGUGACUAUAGCAGGUGGGAAAUGGACAACCUAUCGCUCGAUGGCAGAGGAUACAAUUGAUGCUGCAGUACGUGCUCACGGCCUGCGCGCGGGUCCCUGUAAGACAGUGGGUCUCUUCUUACAGGGUGGAGAGGGUUGGAGCCCGACUCUUUAUAUUCGACUGGUUCAAGAUUAUGGACUUGAGAGUGAGGUGGCUCAACAUCUCUCAAAUACGUUUGGGGACAAGGCCUUUGAAGUGGCAAAGUUGGCCCAGGUGACCGGGAAGAGGUGGCCUAUUGUUGGAAAUCGCCUGGUUUCCGAGUUUCCUUACAUUGAGUCUGAGAUUGAGUAUGCAAUCCAAGAGUAUGCCUGCACUGCGGUGGAUGUGAUUGCUCGCCGCACACGCCUGGCCUUCCUGAAUGUGCAGGCUGCCGAGGAAGCCUUGCCAAGGAUAAUUGAGAUAAUGGGGAAGAAGCUCAAAUGGAGCGAACAGAAGAAAAAGGAGCAGCUUGCAGAGGCGAAGAAGUUUUUGUACUACGAAAUGGGCUACAAGGCACGAUCAGAGCAACUGACGGAUCGCAGCGAAAUCACUUUGUCCCCAGGAGAUAUUGAGAGAUAUAAAAAGAGAUUCCACAUGUUUGAUAAAGAUGGCAAAGGCUUUAUUACCAUAGUGGAUGUGCAGCGUGUGUUGGAGAGCAUCAACCUUCAAAUUAAUGAAAGAGCACUCCACGAGAUUUUGAAUGAAGUAGAUCUGAACAAGAAUGGGCAGGUUGAACUCAAUGAGUUUUUGCAGCUAAUGACUGCUAUUCAGAAAGGAUUUGUCUCUGGAAGCCGUCUAGCUGUACUUAUGAAAGCUGCAGAAGAGAACAUCCACCAGCGUGAUAGGAUUUCAGUAGAUCGGAGUGGUGGCGGUCUGUGAGUUUUGGGAACCCUCGGCUGCAAAAUGGUGGAUCUCAUGUUGCUGCUGAAAAACAUUCCAGUGCUUUCAGAUGUGUCCCGCUUCCUCUGCUUGAUCUCUCUGGCAUUGAGCAACCGUACGGAAAAAACACUGUUGCAGUCUGCUUACUUAACAGUCUACUAUUGCAGUCCUUAAAGUUCUACUACCAUUUUGACUUUUGGGCUCCUUAACUGGGUAUAUGUUUCUGCUUUCUGCAGAAUCAGUGGUGGACAUGCAUUUGGAGUAAGGGAACUCUGCCCCCAGUGCCUUUUUCUGGGCAACUCCUGGGGGAUCUGCACUACACCUUGGCUGCCCUUGGGGCCCAUGGCAGGAGAUCCAGGUGCAGUUUCAUUCUGCCACCUGAACUGGAACAAGAAAAAAUCCUUUUCUACCUUAGUAAGGUGGCCCCUGGCUCUCUUCUCCUAUCUUGCUGCUUUGAUUUGGCAGAAGUGGAAGGUGCCAGCAUGCCUUUAGUGUCUUAUACGUCGGCUUGUUUAUUAAACUUCUGGAUUGCUUUUUUCUUUUAGGAGAAGUGUGUUGUGCUAAAUAUUCAUCUUGUUGCCUAGAACUUUGGGGAUGAUUGUAUUAUUAUUAUUAUUAUUACUGGUAUUGCAAAGCUAUUAAAGCAUGCAUGUCGUUUUAAAAAAAUGGAGUGAUUUGUUGUUGGGGAGAAUAAGAGUUCUCACAUCUGGAUUUUCCAUUGAAUAUUGCACAAAAUAUAAAUGUAUGUCCUGAAAAUUGCCAUGAUAAUUGUGUCCGGGUUGGAGGACAUAUUGAGUUCGACAUAUUUAAGUCUAAUUGAAACUAGUGGGGCGUACUCAAUUAUGUCCUUCACCUGUGAUUUACAGGUGAAUUUCUGAAAUCACUUUAAGACAAGCAUAAGUUUAGAAGCACAACACAAGAUUAUUAUGAUCAUCAUUUAAAUGGUGCCUAUUAUGCCACCAUGGGAAAACGCAACAUUAUGGAUGGAAGUUUCAUCCCUGUUAUUUCUUCUAUAGCAAGUGGUAAAGUUUGUGGUGCAUAUACAGUAGUUGGGUUUCUUGUGAGGUUUCUAUCGUGUUUUUAAUGCCAGUAUCUCAAUUUAUUGUUCGUUUAUGGAGAAUACACAAAACAAAGCACAAGCCGAAACUAUUCUAGCAUCUCAGCAUGUUUUGCUAGAGAAACAUGGAGCUGGAUUUCAUUUAAUUAUUAUUAAGGUAGCCUGUUUGAUUUUGGGCACGCUUUUGAAGCAUGGGUUUUCAUUUAUCUUUUGCCUUCCAAUUAAGUGGGAUAAUGUCACUCAGGUCACUUGGAAGCUUUCUUUUUGCUGUCUGCAAAAUAAAGGAAUAGUAUGCAGCAAAGAGAAAAGUUGACAUCAGGUGGGCCUUUAUUUUGAUAUCUCUAAGGGCUUUUACCCUCAUGCCAGUUUUUUUAUUUAAGGGAUACUCCUGUAAGAAUUGACAUGGGAAAGUUCUGCACUAUUUUAACGGCAUGUCAAGAUCGUUUUCAUCAUCAUUACUCUUAUUAUCAUUAUUUAUUAUUGUUAGUUUCACCCCCUGAGUGAUGCAAAGAGGGCAUCCCAGGGAAAGAAAUGUAGGAAUUGGCCCUUAAUAGCAUGUAGAUGUAAGAAGGGUUUCUGUGCACAGGGCUUUUCAGUACUGGCAUAUACCGCAGGAUCCUUCUAAUGGACCAUGGAACUAUCUUAAUAUUCCUGCAAUGCCAUCCCCAAACCUCUCCCCUGGCAAAAACACUUUUUGAAGGUGUAGAGGGUGUUUACUGCUAGGAAUAGCUGCAAGUGUAUUAAAAGUAACCCGGCAACUAACUUUUAGAAGGAUCCAUUCACAUUUUUGCAUGUAUAAUUUUUUUUUCAUUCUCAAGAUGAAGGCGAAGAGCCACAAUCUAGUAAAAGAUAUUUGAGGGCAAUGUUCUCAGAGGCCUGCGGUGAAAUUCCAUUCAGACGUUUCUUUUUGCUAUGAUCAAGGUCCCUCAGACUUACUGUUUUCUGUGUUGGCAGUAGCAGGAAGGAAAUGGAGAAGAAACAGAUUUGUCUUGCUUUUAGACCCUGAGCAUUUCAGAUAGACUUGAAACAUGUGACUAAAUCCUUUUGUAUAUUUGGACAUUUGAGACGUCUGUCUCUGAGCACAAAGGGUUAUUUUGUACUCUCGGCUGCUUCCCCUCCACACCACCAACACACAUUGGGCUGGUUUUUUCAUAUCUGUUUUCAUCCCCUUAUAUAUGUGUAUGUGCAUCUAGUUUGGGGGACAUGAAAAAUCAGCACCAACCAUUAAUUGGAAACUUGCUUUCCCACAUAUUGCAGAAUGUGGGGAAAUGACUACCGUAUUUUUCCGAGUAUAAGACGCCCCCGUGUAUAAGACGCCCCUUAUUUUUUUGGAUUCAAAAUUAAGAAAAUGCACUAUACACUCUCCGUGUAUAAGAUGACACCUUAUUUUAAACUUCAGAAAUUUAGGAAAAAAUAUAGUCUUCUACACGGAAAAAUACUGUAUUUCCUCUAUUUGCACCCCUAAAAGGGUGUGUGUGCCAAUAUUUGUAUAUAAUCAAAGUAGCAUUUUAAAAUUUCAUACCUUCAGACAAAAGAACAUCUGCUAUCAUGUUCUCUCUCUCUCUUUCUCUAACCAUUAGCUUAGCAGUAGGGCUUUUAGCACUGAAGAGCAAUGGGUAUCCAAGCCAUGUUACUUUAGACCUGUCAGAAUGAAAACCUCAGCACAAAGUGUUUUCAAAAUGCAUAUAAACCUUUAUAUGCACAUUAACAGAAGGCAACACAGGAUUUCCAGCAAUGUCUAGUUAUGCCAAUAACUUUAGCCCUAUCGGAGCAUCAUGAGCUCCUGUUUUCAACAACACAGGAGCAUGGAGCAGGCAGCACCAUGUAGAUUUGCAUCUGAUGUCAUGUGCUUCCCCCCAAGGUCUGUACAUACAGCACAACACUUGUGAAAACUUCCCCAGAACCUUGAUUAUGAUGGGGUGACCUUCAUGCGCACCACUAUGUUCAUGAAUGGCCCUUCCCUAGAGACGUCGGUGGGACUCCUUGGUGUGGUUCCAUUCCUUUCUCCCGUAGCUCUUUAGCCUAGGCAUUACUCUCCUCACCAUUUGUUACCAACACGUCCACACCAUGAGCAUGCACUUGUAGUGGAGGUUCUUUUCCUUUCUUCCGUAGUUUUAUAGUAGGCACGUCCCCCCAUUUUGGGUUGGAUCUCUCUGAAUGUCUUUCGCUUUGUGACGCGAGAGUCACAUGUGCGCCACUGCUUUGUACAGGAAGCGAAAAGUUAUGCACAUCAUACUUGACUGAUUCAGUCAAAUGAUAGGUGGAGAAUUACUUGAUUGGCACAAUGUUCUGGAUUUUUGUUGUUGUAAGUUUGGAAGAUGGUCAUGUGCAGGAAAUAGAAAGCACGUGCAGGGUUUUUACUUUUCCCAGAUAAUAAUUCUGUAUAAUGCCACAGUGUUCCAAAAAGAAAGCCAAAACAAUGAACAGCAAAGCAGCCCUGUGUUUUGGUGUGUGUGUGUGUAUGCACACGUACCUAUAUGCAUACAUAUACAUAUAUACUUUGCCGCAUGUUUUUCCAUCUGGCACUUUUAUGUAUUGUGACGGGUUAUUGUUCAGGAUUGGACUGUUAAAUACUGUGUUUGAGGCUGGGUUGUCAUUUUUAUAACUGUCUCUGUGUUUUAUUGUCAUUAUUUAUUACUUUUGAUAUACAGAAUGAGCUGCAUGCAUUUAUAGAGCAAUAAGAGGAUGUAUUUAAUGUGCCUUGUUUUUAACUGAAUAAGAACUGAACACAUGAAUCAAUAAAACUGAUUAAAAUGG